UCUCUUGUUGCCAUUCUUGUUUGCUUCAUCGUGGUAAACCAUUCACAAGAUGGUGGCCACCUCCAGCUCGUCGACGUCGACACUCGGCGCCGACAUUGCCGAGGCUGCAACAGCCAUAACCGCAUGGCAGAGCGGCGACAGCAAGCCAGUUGUCGCGCUCCUCGCCCGCCAGGUCGCCGCGAGCCUCGCACAGCCCACCGCCGAAGCCUCCCUCGUCAACACGAUCACGCAGGUCUUCAAGUCGGAGAUCCCCGCCGAGCAGGUUGUUGAAGCGUUUGCUGCGGCUGUCGACUCGUUUCCUGCCGACACAAAAGACGACUCUGUCUCAACCUUCAGCUUGGCCCUACUCGAUGUCGUUGAUGCCGUCAAGCAGAUCAAGGAGGACACGGAUGACCUCUCGAAGGAUGAGGGCACGCCCACGUUCUCUGAGGACAAGGUUAUCGACAUUGUCAAGGGCUUGAUGGCGCGCUUGUCGAUAGACCCACAGGCUGUCAACCUCGUUCUCUCACCAUCGCUUCUCGUCCCCCUUGGCCUGCAUCCCAUGCCACGGCAGCAGGAGGUGUUCCGGCGCACUAUAAUCAAACUCUCCACUUCGAUCUUCUACAAGCAGCAGACGUCGAACCUCUUGCGAGAGUCCUCGGAAGGCUUCUCGAGGCUUAUUGUUCUCCUGACGAGCACCGAAGUCCUCCGCCCACAGCCAGAACUGGAGACCGAUGAACAGAGGAGAACAAGAGCACAAAACGUCUGGUCCCAAGUCACGCUCAUUGUCGCCCACUUUGGCAUCGCACCGCCCCGUGUUAUCGACCUCAUCUUGGAGAUUGCUUGUCUCAACCUCACCUCACAUUGGCGCUUCUUCCUCGAGCUUCUCGAGAAGUCGCAGUGGGGUCCUCCCGGGGCCUCUGCGUCGCUCAAGCCCGGCUCAACGCCUCCUCUGGACUCCACCGAGUCCCAGCUCGAUGCAAUCCGACAUUCGCUGGACGUCAACCCUGCCACCCAGGACCGCCGGGCCAUCGCCGAGGUGCUCUCUUUCAGGUUUGGGUUCUACCAGCGCCCAGAAAGCAAAGAAGAUACGCCAGAUGCGCUCAUCCUCCUGACAGCCAUCCUCAUCAAGCAUGGCUUCGUCGAGUUUGUCAACAUAUUCCCAAGGUUGAGUCCCAACGACGAUGAAAUGGAUGCGAUCCAUCAGAAGUACCUCCGUGUCAGCCGGGAUAAGAGCGGCCCCGCCAAUUCCCUCAGCAACUCGGUCCUCGGCGAGUCUAAGCCUGUAUCUGUGGAGGAGGAGGAGCCGGUAGAACUCCAAAAGCCUCCACAGGAGCAGCGAAUCAAGCUUCUUCAGUCUCUACUCUCUAUCGGCGAGACGGAGGCCUCACUGCUGCUGCUAUCCAAGUAUCCGUGGACCGUGUACGCCUACCCCUUAAUCGCAUCGACCCUCCUCCGCAACAUCAACUACAGCGUUGACGGUCUCUUUCGCGAAACAAUACCUCGGCCAUCAUACACACCCGUACCACCGCUGGAGCGAUCAGUAGUGGAAACCAUCGAGUCACCAGAACCGCCGGCAACCUUGAGGACCGAGUUUGUCUUCUUCCAGCCCGACUGGGCUGCUGGCCUUGAGACCUGGACGACAAUAGAAGAGAUUUCGACCAAGGGGCAGCGAUGGCUGGCGUUGUUAGCAGGACUUGGAGGGCGUAGCGCCGACAUCAUGAGCAAGAUCUGCAGGAUUGUGGCGGCACACUUCACUGCGUUGAGGAAAGCCAAGGUGGCCCUUAUCGAGCCCGGCACUCCAUUCGAUGCCAGCCUGACAGAGCCCACUGCAUCCGAGAUGAAGCCUUGGCUCGACCUCCUCCGCAACACCCUUCUCCCCGCUCUCACAGUCGCAGACCCAGCAUCGGGUUCGUUUGCGCAUGAGGUCUGGAACAUUCUUGUCUUCUUACCAAUGACCGUCCGCUACGGCCUCUACGGUGAAUGGCGUGAUUCCACCUGCAAUACCGGGGCCAGGGCAAGCCUGGCUCCAGCGGCCAACGCGACCAAGAAGGCAACAACAUCGAUCAAGCAGACCCUUGGUCGUGUUACCUCCUCAUCGUCACAGCCUACGCCGGGAGCGUCUGCAUCUCAAGGGACAGAAAAGCAAGCACCGCGCGCGCUCGCCAAGCUCGGAUUCUCCAACCCCACAUCGCUGUGGACCACUAUCAACCAGCAGGUCAUGUCUUAUGGAGCCGAGGGAAAUAUUGGAGAGUUUGUCGUCGAGAUUGGAAGGUACAUCAACUUCCUCGCGAAGGAUGUAGCUGUGUUCACCUGGGUCGACCAGCUAUCCAGAGGUGCCGAUCGGAGGAAACUUGAGAAUCUCGCCACCUUCAUUGGACUUGUAAACCGCCGUUACAGCUUUGACCUCAAGCCGCUCCUGCAGUACAUUGCGAACCGCCUCCGUCACCUGGACCCGGCAGCACUGGUUGUCCUUGAGAAACUUAUGAGCGGAAUGAUGGGCGAAGCCAUUGUCGAGAACUUCGCCAUCUCACCGGAACAGCUGCAAGCCUAUGCGUCUGGACCAGAGAUGCAGCGCGAGGCGUUCUACCAAACCGAGAUUGUCAUCUGGCCACAGAUCCGCAAGGCGCUUCGUUCGCGCGAGCUGCUCAAGGAUGUCAAGAAGAGCUUCCCCCUUCUGGUGGGCUCCCUGCGCGAUACCAAACUAGCUGUACCCAUCCUCGUCGGCCUGGCCCUUCUUGCCGAUAGCAUUCUUGGCUCCGAUUGGGACACGCCUCUGAUAGCGAAGGGGCUCCAAUCCGACUCUGCGCAGGACGUAUUCGCCCAGUACAUCGACCUCCUGGCCCGGUCAUUCUCUCGUGAGGAGAUUCUCAACUUGCUCCCCGACUUUGCGACGCUUCAUAACGACUACCAGCUCGACCUUCAGCUGAUUUGGAAGAUCCUGCGGCCCAAGCUCAAAAUUGCCGUGGAGGCCGCUGACGACGGCAAUGCCAUGGCAGUCGACGACGAUGCCAGUGAAUCUCACUGGUGGCCUUCGGCUCUGCAGGAAACGAUUGAUGAGGCUUCCGCUGGGCUUACUCCGAUUGUGCGGGCAUGCACCGGAACACCGUUCUAUGUCCGAUACAACAGCCUCGCGGCGUCAGACAUUGGCGUGUCCACGGCUUCGUACAGCGAAGCCCACGCCCAACUGACCAAGUUCAUCGGCGAACUCGAAAAGUCCAAGGAGAAGGGUUCGGAUGUUCGCAACGAGAUCGCGAGGUUGCGUGCACGCCGUGACCAGUUGCAAGCAGAAUUGAAGAGCCAGGAGGCACACGUCAAGGCUGUCCGCGAGCGUUUGCAGACAGAGAGUGCAAAAUGGUUCGAUCGCGCGGGUGAGCGCCAAGGGUUACUGGUCAGCCAGCUGCUCGAGGUUUGCUUCUACCCGCGCGCUGUACAGAGCCCUGCAGAUGCCCUGUUCGUAGCCAAGUUCAUCCGACUUGCGCACUCUCUUGGAACUCCAAACUUCCCCACUGUGUUGAUCUACAAUGGCUUCUUCGCAGCUCAACUCGGACCAAAGAUUGCCGAGUGCACGGAGAGUGAGGCGAGGAACCUCGGCAGAACUCUCUCUCUCAUCCUGGCGGACCUCAACCCCUGGCACCAGAGUGAGGCUGUGUACCAGAAGGAGGCCCUUGGCGUCCCUCCAACAAAGAAAGGGGCCGACGACUCGGCUGUGGAAGGUGAAGCGAAGGAGCCUCUCCCUGGCAUCUUCUUCCGCCGCAAGCCGACUGAGCCCAAGGCACCGAUGGCAUGGGCUACUUUCCGAACUCUCUACUCCAAGUGCCACAACAACUUGUGCCAGGCUCUCGUGGCCAAUUGGGAGAAGGGCAGCUCGCGAAACGCGACUAUUGUGGCUCUCGCGGUUCUCAACCAAUUCCCUAUCAUGACGACCAAUGCGGACCAGAUGCGCAAGGCCGUCAAGGCCUUGAUCGAUAACCCGGCCACGAAGCCAGAGAACCGGGCGCCAUUCACCUCAUACCUCAACCAGCUCGAGGCUCGUAACAAGAAGCAGCUGUUUGUCUCGCCUCGCGAUUUUGGUGCUAUCGUGGCGAAGGCCCCUGUCAAGCCUGCUGCUACCGAACCAGCGACAGCUCGACCGGCCGCGACGGCUCCUCCGACCGAGGCGACUGCUCCGGGCGCUGGUACAACUACGGCCCCUGCCGAGCCUCCUGCUGCCACGGCUGCUCCGACAUCUUCCUCGGACGCCAAGGCACUGCGUGCCAAGCUCGAACAGAACCGCAACACCCGCGCUGCAGCGAAUGCUGCAAAGGAGGCUAAGACGGCACCAGCUUCGCCGGCCCACCAGCCGUCUCAGUCUGAGAAGCCAUCACAGCCUGAUACCCAUGCUGGGCUGCCCAAAAAGCCGGAGACGGCACCAGCCCGCAUGGGGCCGCCUCCCGAGCUAUCAGUUGAUGAGGCUCGUGCUCAAGCUCGCCUGAGGAAGUUUGGCGCCAUGACGGAGUCUGCUGCACCACCCACAGGUCCAAGGAGGGAGGGUUCUCGUUCGUCGACACCUCGCCGCUCUCCUCCUCCUACUGCUAGAGGAGCUCGCAGCGGCACGGACGAUAGCCGUAGGACGACCGUGACAGAGACAGACGCCGCGACGACCGCCCCGACGAUAGGCGCCGGGAUGACAGACGACCUGAUGACCGUGAUGGCCGACGCGACGACCCCCGCAACGGCCGUGACGAAAGGCGUGACGACCGGCGUGACGAUCGCCGCGACGACCACCGAGAUGGGCGCGACGCGAGGGAUGGGCGCAACGGCCGUGGAAGCGAGAGACGAGAUGAGCCUAGGGACGACCGCCGUCGAGAUGACCGUCGCGACGACCGCCGUCGAGAUGACCGUCGCGACGACCGCCGUCGAGAUGAGCCACCCCGCAACGAGCCUGGGCGCGAUGAUCGCUCUCGCCGCGACGAGCGGCCCAGGGACGACCGAGGUCGCGAUGACCGUUGGCCCAAUGACCGUGCAGCGCACGCCAAAGCGCGUCGAAGGCAAGGACAGCCCCGCUGCUCGACGCCCCGAUGGCAAGGAAACGCCACCUGCCUCAAAGGCUGAGCCUCCGCGUGAAGCGCCUCGCGCCGUGGCGACCGCCCACCGCAGAACGGACCCCGAGACGGCGAGAGGCCUCCGGCGGAUCGCCCUCAAGGCGACAGGACCCCAGUCGAGCCCCGUGAUCGCCAAGACCGCCAACCAGCGGACGAACCCCGUGACCGUCGUGGAGCACCUGCUGAGCCUCGCGAUCGUCGUGAGCGAGGCGGCGCGGAUCGACGAGACCGUCAAGCGUCCGGCGACCAGAGGCGCAAUGAUGGCCGUGAAGCGCGCGACUCGCGCGACCGCCGUGACAAUGGAGGGGACAGGACUCCCCGAGAGCGUCGUGGGGAGGAGCCGCGUGCAGCAGCCGCAGCAGCAGCAGCCGGCCAACGACGCCAAUACCCGUGGGCCCGCACCGGAUCGGCAGCAGGAGCGAUCUCGCCAACAGCCGGCCCAGUCCGAGCAGAGGCAGUCGGCCUCUGGCACGCCCGGAGCUUCGGCCCCCCGCGGCCAGGCUCAGCCUGCUGCGCCGCAGAGCUUGGCGGCCCGCAUGGGUCUGACGACGACACCGACGACUUCUCCCGGCCCACCCGACAACUCAAACUCGCGCGAUCAGAAGAAGAGAUCGUUGGACGACGGACCGUCUUCGCGCGAGGACUCGCCAGGUGUCAAGCGCAGCCGUCGCAGUGGAGGCAGGAGGAGCGAGGGCGGUGGUGGCAGCGCGGGUGGCCGCCUGCUUGCCGGCGCGAUGCGCGCGGCGUCAGGCUCGAACCAGUAGUUUGGAGUAUGGAGAGUAGUGUCAAGAGUAGCAAUGUAGUGGAGCAUCAUAUAUCAGUAUGGGAC